CGUUGGCGUAACAUGCCCCAAGAUGGCGUCGCGGUCGUCGUCGGUGGCGGCGGUGGCCGGAGCGCUGGCAGAAGCUGCAGUGCCGACGUGGGAAGAGCUGAGAGGGGAAAUGAGGCGGCGGGUGGAGGGUGGCAGCAUUAGUAGCGAGUAGCAGCUUCAGAGAGGGUCUCCCCUCCCUCGGCCAGUGUGUGAGGCAGAGGCUCUCGGGAAUAGCGGGUCCCCCGCCCCCUCAGGCAGGGAGACCCCGACCUUCCCCUGCGUGGAGCCGACACCCUUUUUUCGGCCUGUCCCGCUGCUGCCUCUCUGGUGGGUUCUCCCACCGCUUCCCCAGAGCGGAGGAUGAUGAAGCUCAAAUCCAACCAGACUCGCACGUACGACGGGGACGGAUACAAGAAACGGGCAGCUUGUCUCUGCUUCCGCAACGAGAGCGAGGAAGAGGUGCUGCUAGUGAGCAGUAGUCGUCAUCCAGAUAGAUGGAUUGUCCCAGGUGGUGGUAUGGAACCUGAAGAAGAGCCCAGUGUGGCUGCUGUGCGGGAGGUUUGUGAAGAGGCUGGAGUGAAAGGGACAUUAGGAAGAUUAGUAGGAAUAUUUGAGAACCAGGACAGGAAACACAGAACAUAUGUUUAUGUAUUAAUUGUCACAGAAGUAUUAGAAGACUGGGAAGAUUCUGUGAAUAUUGGAAGGAAAAGGGAAUGGUUUAAGAUAGAUGAUGCCAUAAAAGUUCUGCAGUAUCACAAACCUGUGCAGGCCUCAUAUUUUGAAACCUUGAGGCAAGGCUAUCUGGCCAACAACGGCACUCCUGUUGUCACUACAUCCUUCUCAAAUGAGAGUGCACUGUCUGACAUCAGAUGACUGAAGACAUCCCUAUAAGAGAAAUAGAUUUUGAAAAGUAGACUGAAACUUGGAUUUCCCUUCUUCCCCUCUUUUUGCCGCUUUCACAUGCUUCCUCUGUCAAACAAGACAUGUGCAGAAGCCUUUGGCAGUGCAAAUGUUUGAGUGUUGCAUUCUAGUGCAGAGUGGGGUUUUCUUGCUUUUUCUUGGAUAUGUAUUUUGUAAAACACAUCUUGUGCAUGAAGUACCCCUUCCCUAUUAACAAAGUUUUGGCAAGCUAAAGAGCAAGGCCGCUAGCUUCACCUUCUGAAAUGUUCCUGUGUGUUGUCCCAGCCAUAGCCAGAUUUCUUAUAUUUUCAGUUAAAGAAGGCUUCAAAUGUAAGAUCAGUCUUUUAAAGUCUUAGAUUUUGUACAGUAAGGUGCUGUUGAGAUAGCUGUGGUGGCCACUUUCUCAGCUCAUGCAUGUAACUUUUUUUUAGAUUGAGAAGUCUAACACUUUGAUUUUGCAAGAUUUUUUAAAAACAUGGGCUGCUUCUAUAAAGGAGGUUGUCAUAAUCUUUGUUUGCCUUGGUUUUUUAAAGAAACUUUUUGUGACAGUGCUAGUGGCUGGGCCAGAUUGUCUCUCUGCACCCCACACCCUGACCCAAAUUUAGUACAGUGACACUUGGAGGAGAAGGCCAAGUUACAGUCACUUGCAGGACAUCCCUGGUGCUCCGUUCUACUACAGUUUCAGCCAAUUUGACAUUUAACAAUGGACAGAAGCACAAGGAAUUGGUCACCACUUACUCAAAAGCAUAUGGUUUCAGAAACUAAAUGAAUUCCAGCCUCAGUAAAUAGGAAUCAGGGAUUCGAAAUCAGUUUAAAAGUGAAUGAACUGGAGCAUCAUAACCAAUGCUUUUUGCUGGUGUGGAAUUCUUCUCUUCCUGCUGCAUACUGCUGAUACCUUUUCUUGUCCACAUGCCUUACACCAUAAUGAACUGGAUAUUAUAAUUUGUGCUAAAGCAUUGGAUUAUUCUUUGAGUGUCACUGCAUGGUGGGACAGUCACUGCAUAGUGAGACAGUCGCAUUGGGUCACUGAAAACUGCUCCCAGGGAAAACUGUCAGGUGUCUGACUUUUUUUUGUCUGUAGCAUUACAGCACUUGUAAAUGCACCACAGAGCAUGCUCGAAAUUGUAAAGCUUAUCCCUAGGUGGCAAAGGUGCAACUGGCUCCUGAGCAGAAAUGCUGGUGUGGAGAACUGUGUCAUUUUAAUAGGAUAGUUAACCUGAUGCAUUGGCACAUGUCACAUUUUUGUUUCUAUUGAUGUAUGUUUCAUGCUGUCUUGAUUUGCCAACAGUGUUGUCUAGUUGGGAGACUUUGGAAAGGGCUGUGGGAGGGGGUGGGCUUGGGGAAGGUUUGGGGGAGGGCAUUAGUUAAUCCCUGGCUUGGGACAGGACCUAGUUGCUAUAUUUGGUGACUACUUCUUUGUCAGAGUAUAGCCAAGAUGUGAAAUUAAAUCUGCAGUACUCUUAUUUAACUGAUCAUUCUCUGAUCAUAAAAAAUAUCUUUAAACAGUUAUGCAGCCUAAGUAAAGAAUGUUUGUAUCCUUCCUGCUUUGGAAAGUUGCUGUGAAAUUUGAGAUCCAGUUUUAUUUCUUUGCUUGAAUUCCCUACUUUCAGUGAAUGGGAUGGCAUUCCAUAAUAUAGGCUCACUAACACCAAAAGCUUUACCCAGGAGAAGGCUGAGAGUAAUAAUUCAACAAGUGGCUUGAACUUGAUCAUCCAGAACAAAUCUGAAAUUAUGCUGUGCCACUUCAUUGCCCUUCAUCUUAAAAAUCAAACAAUAAACAAUUAACUACAAAGGGCUUGACUAGUGUCUUGAAAUGUAUAAGAUUUCCUCUUACUAAAGUGUAUGUGGCACUUGCCAAUAUAGUGAACUGUUGCCUUCAGCUAAGGGUUUUAUGUCUCAAUGAAUAGAUAGGACUUGAAAGUUAGUUUGAAAGUGAACUAAGCUUCCUGAAAGGGAGACUGCAGUUUUAAUAUCUACAGCAUGCUCACUUUUUAAAAAGCUCUAAAGUGUUUUAUAGGGCUGUUAAACUGACAGUUUAGAAUAGAAUAUUGUUAAUGAUUUGCAAACAGCUUUUUGGGGUGGGGGUGGGGGAAGGAGUCAGGAAAAAUAAAUUGUGCCAAGAAAGUAGUUUAAAGUGGGAUGAUUGAUGCUGUUUAUGCAACUACAUAGAAUGGUUGAUGUUUGCCUUCUAAACUGGAAAUGGAGGAUGCAGCUCUUGGGGUACAAACUGUCUGGAUUCUUCACUUGUGUAUUUUAACCCAGUCCUUACUCCUGUUUACUAACCCCACCUUUUCACCUGCUUUUAAUGCACUAUAGAGUUCACAGCUUUCCCAAUAUCUCAGGGUAUUCUGUAAUAAACGAGUCAUGAAGCUACUUAGUAAUAUAAAUGGAAAUGUCACUGCAUCAAUUCAUCUUUUCAGAGCAUGUAUAAUUACACUGGAAAUUCCUGCAUUGGCAGACCGUGCAUCUAACAUAGUAUAAGGAGUAGGGUGUUUUCUAUUCAAAUGUAAACCAGUGCUAAAGAGGUAGACUGAGUCUCACUUUAAGGUUAUGAUGUCUUAAACCUUCAGUUAAUUUAGACUUCAUGCUGGGCUUUAACAUGCAUGCUACAUGCAAAAGACUUUAGAUUAUUUAAUGUAAUCAAGGACUGCUGGAAAGGGCAGUAGAAUAUGCUUGAUAGUCACAUAUAUCCUUAUAGCAAUCCAGUGAGCUUCUGACAUUGUCUGGGGUGGCCAUAGGAUUAUUUGGAAGUCCAGCUUGGAGGUUUUCCAACUGCAAAGCUGGGACUUUGAAUGUGGAACCUCUGCCCAAUUCCCUCACCAUUGGUGGAGAAAGAACCUCAACCAGCUGAAUUUCUGAGGUUGGAAAUCAACCUUAGAGAGGGCUAAAGAAACAUGAUGGGGAGUGAGAGCAGAGAUGAGGCUGAGGACCAAAUGAUGCUCUGUUCUCCUUCUCUUUUCUAUGAUGCUUCAUCUAGACUGCUGAAACAGCCAUCUAGAUAAAAUACAAGAGGUGAGGUGACAGAUAGUGCUGCUGCCAUGUCUCACACCCUGCCUUGGAUGCAUAUAGGCCUCCAUGUUCAGGGGCUAUCAUGCAUUAAAGAAUGAAAUAGGAUAAUGCUCUCUGAUUCAUAUCAAGGCUGGGCAUCCAAUAUUGUGGAAACUGUAUAUGUGCCCCCCGCUCACCUCUUUUGUAUAUCCUAUGGAUCUUGGGAAACCCAGCUUUUACUUUUAUAUUUCUGGUCCUUGAGAGGGCAGAGAAGAGGAUGAAUAUAUGAUUCAUUGAAAAAAAAAACACUGAACUUGUGCACUUCUUUAUUUAAACAAAUUCUGGUACAGAAUGAAUGGUGCUUCAGAUUCAUUGGUAUAUAAUUUACAAAUAAUUUGUUACAAGUUCAGAUUUGGUGUUUUCAUUUAGAUAAGGACUAGAUGAAACCUCACAUCAUGUGUACAGUAUAUCAGCCCUAUUUCAUUCAGAGUUGAUUGUGCUGCUUAAACCUGUUUUUGACAUUGAGUUUUCACACAGCUGCUGGGUAAUCUUAGUGAUUCUGAAAUGUAGCAUUGUGGGUGAGAAUGCACAACCUCUGCUAGAUUUUCCAAAAUGGAGAGAAAAUUACUUUCUUUGCUAGGAGGACAAAACCACUUCAAGCUGUCUGCGUUCUAUGUGCCAUCCUGUUGCAUAAAUUGCAGUUAUAAUUUUCCAGUGCCAGGCAAGCGUGGCACCCAUACAGGCAAGCGUGGCAUCCCAUACAUGUUUUCAGUGUCAUAGAUUAGAUGUGUGAUGUACAGUAAAUAGAAUAUCCUGGAGUAUUUUGAUGUAGCUAUUAACAUUCUGGGAUUUAACCCUGAAUUAGUUUGUAAUAGCUUUUUUGAGAAUGGAGAAAUCAGCUUUGUAUGAGGAAUUUAGUCUGAAGUUACCUUAUGAUUUUAGAUGCAGCAUAGUUUUUAUUUUCCAAAAGUAUUCCUACUCAUUGUUAACCAUAUUCUUAUAAUUUCAACCAUCUCUCUCCAUCCUCUUCCCUUCCCACCCAAAGAAAGCCCAUUUUGUUUAUUAAUUUAAAAAUCUGCCAAUAAAAAUAAUGGUGUGCCAUAUUGACCUAGUUAGUGAUUUCUCGGAAUUUGGGGAAAGAGGCAAAUAAACAAGCCUAGUUUGUGUUGCAGAAAACUGCAAAGGUAUUGCAAGGGCAACCUGAAUUUAGUCCACCUGUUCCCUCCUCCAUGAAUACCAACAUUUCUUCCCACAUACCAGUCCCUCAAAUGCAUUUGUUUUAUUGCUGUUUCAGGUGGUUCCAGCAGGGUUGCAUGGGGCUCUUCCCCUUCCCAGCUUCUUCUGUGUUGCAUAGCUACCAAAUAGUUCUGGAACAUGUAGCUUUUUCAAAGGUUAUCUGAAGGAAAAGUAAGACUUCCCUUGCUUCCAUCAUCCAAUGGCUUCCCACAUUUAGCUGUACUAAUGUAAAAGGGGUUGAAGGAAAGAAGGUAUUUGGGGGUGAGUAGAUUACUGAAGAACAUAUGGAUUAAAAUCUGAGCCAGAGAAAUUAAGACUAAAACUUGAGCCAGGGAAGAAUUUGGGAGUCAUAAUAUUUACCUUCUAAUUGAGGUGGUAUUAGCUUGAAGUUCAUACUUUUGAGCCUGGAUGUAUAAAUUUCAGCACUAUUUGCAAGUGGGUGAUAUUUUUUAAUGAAAGUAAACUUAAUUCCAAAUAUUGCUAGAUCAUUAUCUAAAUCUAAAAUUGAGCUUCCCAUAAGCAUGAGAAAUAGGAUGUCUACCUGUAAGUGUGCUGAUCAGUUUGAAUUUGCCUGUUUUCUUUUGUUAAAAGUGCAACUUGUUUUGAGGGGACUAAUGGUUUCAGUCAAAUAUUGUGAAUUUUUCUUAAUCCUUUGCCUGGUUUUGUAUCUGUCAAUAUAGCUGUCUCCAGGCACUGGGUGUGGUACUCAGGAGGGACGGGAGGAGUGAGCAAGAGAUGGUAGUGUUGUAGGCCUAUUUCAUACUGGAGGGCUAUGUAUGUAUUACUUUAAUCUCUGUAAUAAAGAAGCUACUUUUGAGUACAAUUUGCCACUUUUCAUGACAACAGAUUUUAUUAGGAGCAUUAGCAGUUAAUUUCCCCAAAAGUACUGUUUUCUCAGCAUGAAUGCUGGUGUUUAGUAUUUCAUGUUUAUGGUUGGUAAAUAAUGCAAGUAGAUGUUCCAGCAAACUUGAUGUGAAUUUAGUCUCCUACUAAAAGCAAGCUUUCUCGGGUUUACCUUUUAUUAAAAAGCCAACUCUUAAAUAUUACCAUUAAAGCAAUUUCUUUAUGUUAUAAUUCUGCAAGAGAAGCUACCAUUUUGGCUUUAAAGCUUAUUAAUUUGAUGUGCCACAUUACUAAUCAGCUAUGGUAACUACUCACUUUUGUUUGACCCUGUUAAGGAGCAGGAGGAUAAUUCAAAUGUCUGAAUUUGCAUGAAGAAAAGAUUAUUCUAAAACCCUUCCAUAUCACCUUUUAUUUACUGUUCUCCAUCGCCUCCUGUCUAUGAUGAAGGAUGUAAUAAAUGGAAGGACCGCUCUCCCAAAUGUUACCACUGUGCCAUUUCAUAUGGAAAAAGUAAGCUUUUAUAUCAACUCUGCAAAACUUCCAGCUUUAUUAAGAACAGUAUAAGAAAUGGGAAUGGAGCUUGUGCAUUCUGGAUUUUUUAGAUAUUUGCUAUUCAUGUGUUGGUUUAAAUGCAUACUUAAUAGAGAAGAGUGGUACUUGAACAAGCAGGGAUUUCUUCUUAUGGAUUACAGCUGAAUUCUUCCAAGCAUUUGUCUCAUGUCCAGAUAAUAUAUUUUAGUGUGCCCUCUGAGAAAUGAAACUGUGAAAAUGGGCAGCUAACUUGAGAAUGGCAGGGUGUUGCUAUUUUGGGACAUGAAGUUCAAUAACAUAUACGUCAAAUGGCAACUAUGGGAUUUGGCCCGAAGAUGAACUCUUGCCCCUUCUUAAUGCUGCUGCCUUCAGCAAGGCAAAGGCAAGAGAUGUGACCACUUGGGACCAAAAAAAAAAGAAGUGAAGAGGAAGGAAAUUAAUUAUUUCCUAAUGACUAUUAAUAAUGGAUUUUCUCUUGGAAUAGUUUGUUUAAAAGUAAAGCCCCUAAACAUUGCUGGAGAUAAAGUAAGCAAUUCUGGUAUGUUUUUAUGCCACCAAAUGUACAGUGCUGCCAAACUGCUCAGUUUAAGAUGCACUAAAGUCUUCUUCCUGCUCCUAGGUUUCAUGGGACUGAGUUCCAAUCCCACAUUUAUUGUGAUGCCAUAUAGUUGCACAAGUAUGGGCAAAACCUGUAUCUUAGUGAUAAAGCAUACAUGUGUACUGAAGUUCUCAGUUUCAGUAUAGACGUGCUUAGUUAAAGGAACCUGGGCACUGCAACUGUGAAAGACCUUCACCUGAAACCUGCCACCAAAGUAGAGAAUAUUGGGCUACAUGUACCGAAUGUACAUCUGUGUUGUGUGAUGCAUCAUAUGUGCUUUGACUCACAAUUCCACAUGUAAACUACAGUUAGCGGCUUAGCCUUCUAUAGAGUUUGUUCCAGCUGAUAUAAAAUUUCCAGGUCAGUUGUUGUGGCAUGUAGUUUUAUAGUUUUGAGUAUUUUGUAAUACAAAAGCACAAACACCUUCUAGUUUUAAAACCCAUAUAGUGUAAUAUCUUCAGUAGUCCAGCUGAAGGUUCACAAAAAUAUGUAUCCUUUUGAGAUCUCUAGAUUUCUUCAACAACCAAGAUCAUACAAGAAAAGGUUGGCCAGGGGAGUUGGGGGAAUGGGCAAGGGAGAGACUGAAUGUUGUAGUCAGAAUGUCUGAAAGAUUAUGUAAGCUUGCAUAGUUUUGAUAGUCUUCCAGUUGGCCUGGUAAAGAUACUACCCUAUAUGGAUUUUGGUUUUUUUUUUCUUACAAUGAACAUGAUGUUUGCUUUUUAAAGUUCUAGUUUAAUACUGGAAGGAAUAUGCUUUGAUACCAUCUCUUGCAGACACAAGAGAAAAACAAACAUUCACAUCUUAAACUGAAGUGCUCCCCCACCUUUGCCUUCAACCCUGCCUACCACUGGAAUGUGAUUCCCACCCAGAGCUUCUCUGAAAUGUUUUUCAGCCCUUGAGCUGAAAGAGGCUUGGCACCCUUGCAAUAUAGGAUUACAGUCUUUGGUAUGUGAGAGUUAGAAUCAGUUCCCUUGCAAGAACUGGAAACUAAACUCUUGAGAUAAUUAAGAAACCUCCUUAGAUUGACUUGUUUAUUUAAAAAAAGACUGUAGUAAUCUACCCCAUCCCAUCCCCAUCCCAUUACAAAGACAUUUUAGGUGAGAAAGUUUCCAUUUUAAAUAGCAAUCUUGUCAACAAUGGGCCUCUCUUUAGUGUAAUAGUGAUGAUCUGGAAAUAUUUAAGAUUUGAUACCCAUGUGAAUGAAUACGAUUCAGACAGCACAUGUAUGUGCUUACAUUUCUGGUGGCUUUGACAUUAUGCAAGCUACCCACUUCAUGAGCUUGCUUUUGGUACUAAAUUCAUUUGUAAAUAACUUUUAUCCAUCAAAGCUGGUGUAGAAUAUAUAAUACUAAAUUAGAUGUACAUUUUUCUUAUUAACUGGAGUGGACAGUCCUUUACUUUGGAUGUUAAUAUUUUUCCACUAGUGUCAGAAGUCUCACUUUAUGUCCGUAGUUGACAGACCCCACUAAUGAUAAGACAACUCUGAAACUUGUACUCUGGUCAGAAUAACAUUAGAGAGUUUUCUACUGAAUUUAGACCAAGACAUUAUGAGUGGGGUGUAUGUGCUAACUUUCCCGAGGCUGUUUUUUUAACUGAGCCUUAAUGCAAAAAUGAUACCAGCAAGAUGCUAAAUAUCCAGAGUUCUGAUCUUGUGAAAUCUCUGUUAAAGUGCCAAAUGAUAGUAAAAGGCUCUUAAAGCUACACAUACAAGCUUUCAGUGAACUUGAUUUGAGCACAAACAUUGAAUAUGUUCAUCAUUCCUUAUGAAACCAAGACCAAAAUGUGUUUCUCAGUGGCUGGAAAUCCAUCUUUAACAAUUGAAAGAACUGGAAGACUAGUGUACAAAAUACUGUGCGUUUAUGUGUGAGGCUAUCAAGAAAAAGUUUGAAGUAUGUUACCUAUGAAGGCCAGCUUAUAGCUAAAACCUGUGUUUUAAAAAUAUCUUGAACACUCAACGUGUGUUUAAUGCUGCAUUUUGGUUCUGUGCACUGAACAGACAGGCUUACUUGUGUGUGUGUGUGUGUGUCUAACUACCCAAGGUUUUCAGUUUUCUCAUUAGGUGUAAAAGCAUCCUUUUACUAUAGUUUCAGCCAUGAGUUUGUGUUUCCAUUGAACCCUUUAAACAAUACUUUGCCUAUGUUGGGCCAGUUAUCCAGUCAGUGUGAAUCAUUGUAGAACAGGAGCAGGAUGGUGAUCAUUUCCUUAAACUGAGGAGCUGGGCCCUGUCAAUCUAUAUCAAGUUACUUUCUUCCUCAAAAUCCGUUAGAUAUAAAAUAUGUAAGCUAAAAGGAAGUUACUAGGUUUUUUAUUAGCACUCUUUAAUUUGACACAUGCAGGUUAUAUUCAAAUGCUGCCAACCAAUAAACACACCCAUAUUUAAUAUACA